AGUUAAAAGAUUAAGAAACAAAACAAAAAGAGGAAGAAGAAGAAGCAACACAGUGAGCAAUGGCAAUGACAAUGGGUCUUUCUGUGUGUUCAAUUUUCAAAGUUUCUUAUAAUCAUAAUUACAACAAUAAGACAGUAACAGUAGCAUUACAGAAGAAGGAGAAGAUGAGUGUUCCUUACAAUCUAAAGGAAGGGCAAUCUCGUAUUUUCCAUGAGCUUCCUUCUGGUUUGAACAUGGAAGUCAUUGUUCAGAAGAAGAAGAAGAAGAAUGAAAGUGAAAGUCAGUGUUCACCACCUUUGGUAUUUGUUCAUGGAAGUUAUCAUGCUGCUUGGUGUUGGGCUGAACAUUGGUUUCCUUUCUUUUCUCAAUCUGGUUAUGAUUGUUAUGCUCUUUCUUUGCUUGCACAGGGCGAAAGCGAUGAACCAGAAGAUUCGGUUGCUGGUACGCUUCAGACACAUGCAAGAGAUGUUGCAGAUUUUAUUCAUCGAAAUAUUCAAUCGCCACCCAUCUUGCUCGGACAUUCAUUUGGAGGACUUAUUAUUCAGUAUUAUAUUUCCAAUUUAGGAAAUGACAAACUCAAAGAAAAUUUAUACCCGGAGCUUAGAGGAGCUGUCCUUGUUUGUUCUGUACCUCCUUCUGGUAAUAGUGGACUAGUUUGGCGAUAUCUAAUUUCGAAGCCAAUUGCUGCCUUCAAGGUGACUUACAGCUUGGCAGCAAAAGGUUUUCAAAGCUCUCUCUCUCUUUGCAAGGAGACAUUUUUCUCAGCCACAAUGGAGGAUCAUGUUGUUAAAAGAUAUCAAGAACUAAUGAAAGAAAGUUCACGGAUGCCAUUGUUUGAUUUAAGAAAGUUGAAUGCUUCCCUACCAGUUCCUUUGGUGCCAAAUCUCCCUGUUGAAGUUCUUGUUUUGGGUUCAAACAAUGACUUCAUUGUGGAUGCAGAGGGACUCAGAGAAACCGCACAGUUUUAUGGUGUGUCGCCAGUAUCUGUUGAAGGACUUGCUCAUGACAUGAUGUUGGACACUUCAUGGGAGAAAGGUGCAGAAGUUAUUCUUUCAUGGCUGAAGGGUUUACACAAGUAGGAAGAAAAAGAGUAGCAGAGGAAAUGUUUGGUUCAAUUUUCUCAUUUUGUUAGCAGUGAUUGAUUGCUUCAACUCAUUACAAAUGAUUGAAAAGUUUCACCAAGCUUCAAACUUAGGCAACAGUGGAGGGUCCAAAUAGGAAAUGUGAUAUUCUAUGUGACCACUAUUGUUUAUUUUUGCAUAUUACUUUGACAUUGACUAAUACAAGCUUGUUAAUUACAUCUAA